GUUUGGCUGCCACCAAAGUUACUUCUAGUCUCUGCUGUCCCUCCUACCUUCAGUCUGGCCCUGCCCUGGGACCCCUGAAUUCAGCCUCCUCACACAGAGGCCCCAGGAAGCCCCAGCCAAUUGCUCUCAGCAACUUAACUAUCUGCCUAACUCCAGUAGCUUAUGGGGCACUGUCCUGCCCAGUUCUGCUAAGAUGCUCCUGUCCUCUCCCUCCACCCCAUCCAGGGGACGGACCCCCAGCGCGGUGGAAAGGCUGGAGGCCGACAAAGCCAAGUACGUCAAGACGCACCAGGUGAUAGCACGACGCCAGGAGCCAGCCCUGCGCGGAGGUCUGGGGCCUCUCACACCACACCCCUGCAAUGAGCUGGGGGCCCCUGCAUCACCCAGGACGCCCAGGGCCGCCCGCCGGGGUAGCGGCAGGCGGCUGCCAAGGCCAGACUCCCUCAUCUUCUACCGCCAGAAGCGGGACUGCAAGGCUUCGGUGAACAAAGAGAACGCCAAGGGCCAGGGGCUGGUGCGGCGCCUCUUCCUGGGCACCCCACGAGACGCCUCCUCGAGCAGCCCGGGCCCAACGGAGCGACCUACGGCUCCUGGUGGUUGGGCCGCGCCCCAGGAUGCCCCGGAAGCGGCGGGAAAGCCGGCGCUGUGCCCCACGUGCUCGCUGCCCCUGUCGGAAAAGGAGCGCUUCUUCAACUACUGCGGCCUGGAACGCGCGCUGGUGGAGGUGUUGGGUGCCGAGCGCUUCUCUCCGAAGAGUUGGGGCACCGACGCCAGCCCCCAGCCUGGAACUUCGCCACCGCCCGGCUCCGGGGACGCCAGCGACUGGACAUCCAGCGAUGGCGGCGCGGAUCGCUCGGAUCAUGCGGGAGGCGGAGGCGGCGGUUCGGAGGCUGCGGGCUCGGCGCGGGACGGGCGCCCCCCGGUGUCGGUGGUGGAGCGCAACGCGCGCGUCAUCCAGUGGCUGUAUGGCUGCCAGCGCGCCCGCAGCCCGCCUCGAGAGUCUGAGGUGUGACCGCUGACCGCGUCCGCUCGGGA